AUGCCAGGCAACCCUAGAGCAGCCACUGUCGAGGAUUGGGACGAGAGAACGCACGAAAUCGUACCCGACUCUCAACAAGUGGCUAAUACUGGUGCAAAAGUUUCUUCCAGGUUGGAUCACAGAUUCCCGGAGCCACUGAUCGACGGCGCGAGUGACUCAGGUUAUUCUAGUCGCACCGCCGCCACCGUCAACAGCACCCAAUCUGGGCCGUCGGGCGGGAAGAGCCCCCCUCCCGUUCUUAAGCAAGGCGCGCCCAAAACCGAUCUCACCAGAAAAUCCUCCCGACGAGACCGCAAGGACAAGGAACGUGCUGCCCGGCCGGACGAGACGAUGCAAAUGGGUGCCUAUCCGGGCCCCGGCUACAUUCAGCCUCGUGCGCCCCGGUCGCCGUCCAAGCCCCGCCGACGAGACUCAUAUCUUCGACAGCCAGACGUCUUCUACGAAGGGAAUCACACUCAGUACCACCCCUCCACCCCCGUCGAUUCACGACCCAUGGAGUUCCCACCCCACCAACCCUACUACGGGAGGCCUCCCAUGCCGGACUACCACAUCCCACAACAGCCCGUCGGAUAUCCCAUGGAGGAAUACCAUACUAGCCGCUCAGGACGCCCACAUUCCGCUUAUGGCCCAGUGUAUCACUCAGAUCGAGCCGUGGGUUGGCAAGUAGCACCGUCUCGAGGAUAUGCACCACCGCCGCAGCCGCAGCAGCAAUAUCAUCACUAUGAGCAUGGCCCUCCAGUAUCGUCCGCUUGGCACCAGGGAUCCUACUCGUCAUCACCACACUAUGGCCCUCAAGGCAACUUUCCACAGGAAUACUAUUCCCAGGACUACCCGUACCAGCGUGAGCGAUCCGAGUCUCGUGAGCCAUCCCGGCGUCGUAACUCAAUGUAUGGAGUUCCACCUCCGCCACCGACCGAACCUGAGGUCUUUCCGGAUUUCGAGGAAGAUGUAGAGCAAUACUACGCUCGUCAGCCACGCGACAAACCACGUGGUCGUGGAACAAUCCAACCAAGUGUGGAUUAUUUCGACGAGGAUGCGGUGAAGAUGCCACCGCCACCUCCACCUCCACCUGGCUCAAGAAGCAGAAACGCGCCACAAAUUCACCAAGCCAAGCGGCCUGAAGCUCGGAAAUCUCACACUGCUGCCGCUGCCGUUCCCUCUCAACGUCGUUCCUCCAAAGCACUGGACAUGGGCGAUGUGAGAGAUGCUCUGCCUGAACUCGACUACCCCACCCGCCGGGUGUCGAGGGAGGUUGCUCUACCGGAACGCAGCCAGAGCCAAAGCCUGCGCAGCAGCAGACGAUCCAAUUCGUACCAUGACAACCCCCGGGGUGCUCGCAUAGCAGUGGCGAGCAGCGGGAGAAGACGUCCGGAGUCCGUGUACUACGACGUCGAUGAACGCGCUGAGAGCCCCGCCAUGGAAGAUCGUGUUGGAGCAGCCGAAAGAUACCAGGCUGUCACUGCCGGCCGUUCCACCGCACAAUUGCCCCUGUCCCAGGAGACGCUUAUGUCCAAGGUAGGAAACGGCCUCGGUAGUGACAACGGCAGCCAAAAGAGCCGAUCAAACAGCAGUCGUGGCAGUGCCACCAAGACUGAAAAAGAAGCUCAGAACAUGACCCUUAACAUGAACGGAAUGACUAUCGCAUUUGCUGAGGAAAGCCUCGCUGGCAAGUCCAUCAGCAUUCGCACGGGAGACCAAGGAGCCAUGCAGUUUAAUAUUACUGAUGGCACCACCCGUCGACCAAAGGCAUACGUUCAGGGGUCCUCCUACUCUGAUAAUACGCAUACGGGCGGCUCCACCCGCCGAGUUCUGGAAGAUGGACGACGUGCUCGCGACCGAAACGACGAUCGACGAUCGGAGAGAUCUGUUCACCAGUCUACUGGCCACCGGUCCAACCGGUCCUACUCUCGCCGAUACCAGAUCUAA